AUGAUGCGACCGCGCGACCCCCGCAUCCGACAACGGAUCAAUCAGAUCUCCCAUAACCUCGAGACCGCGAACGAAACCGCGCAAGAGGGGCUUUAUACUUUCUCCCACAACUACAUAUCACCGUGUUUUGAAUCCAUUGGAAAUUGUGUGGCUGCAUGUACAGCACCUUGCCUCCCGAGCCGAGAAGACCACCUAAGGCGGCGACGACGCGGCCAAACCGAAGCCAACUUUGAUUUCUACGACGACUGGGCCAACGAAGAAGACGAUGAUGGAUUAAUUGGAUGGGGUACGGGCGAACUCGACCGCCUUCUUGCUGGCAGUGGGCUGGCGCGCGGAGCUGCUGACCAGCCGCAUCGGCCCAGGAGGAUGAGCUACGGGACACGCAACACUAGGCGCAGGAGCACCGCGCACGUUACGGAUAACCAUGCUGACCCGACUGUGAUUCCCAGCUCUUCAUUACUCGGCUUCCUCGAGCGCUUUCCGUGGAGAUUCGGUGCCAGAGGAGUCAAGUAUCGGCCUUCGGCUGCUGAUCUCCAAGAACACCCUGGCGCCCGGCGCUAUGCGCACGAAGAUGAGCCGAGGAAUCGCAGUGCGACCCAAUCUUCCCGCGGAACGGACAAUUCCCUUAGCUCGCGCGGGGAUCUAUUCCCUAGUGAUGAGGAGGAAGAUGCAGUGCCCCUUGAUGAUGAGUUUGCGCUUGCUUUUGGGCGCCGGGGAACGGGCUUGGAAUCAGAUGAUCAGUCUGGGACGAAAUCUGAAAUUGUACAGUCUGCAUCUGCGUCCAGCCUGGGUGGCGCGUCCUCCAAAAAGACAAAACGGAAGAAGAAACGAUCCCCAAAGCGAUCGCCAAGUUACAAUGACGCAACUGUUGCCCAAAGUGUCGACACACCAUCAAUGACAGACUUGAAGACUGAAGAGGAGCGCGCGGCAUUGGAAGAAGAAGCGGAUAUUGCGAGGCGACGGCUUGCUGCACACGAGCUGGCUUUGAGCCGAGGCCUUGAUACGGGAGGUGCCUGCUACAACAUCCACUACUCCGAGUCUGCGAUCACAAGAACAAUUCAAUACCCCGAGAAGGACAUUCAGCGAGGCAUCAAGCCGCCGGAUGUCCGACAACCAAACCGAGCCCUUCCCGCGCCUAUCUAUGUCACCUUCAUCUUUGGCCAUGGAUUCUCCGGGCUUAUCGAAAGCCUCGCCAAGGGCUAUGUCUCCCCACGAGCUUGGUGA